AUGAUUCACAGGUGUGAGAUGAGGUCACAGAGUAGAGACAUACAGAGACGUAACUAGUGUACCCACUUUUUUUUGUGCGCAUGCUUGGCAAGUUACUAGAUGCAUGCAUCGGAUUGGAUGACGACCUGAUGAUGACUCACUUUAAACUUGCUGAGCACGCGCAGUUGAUCAUUUUUCGCCCGGUCGCCUGAAAAAAAGUGGGUACAUGAUAACGUAAUCUUCCGCAGUGUUUACAACGGUCAGUUACGUCUCUGUAUCUCUUAUCUACUCUGUGAUGAGGUAGGGGCAAAUGAUUAGCAACCGUUUAUGACAUUAUGACAUCAUUAUAUAAAAUCGGUAUCAGAAUAUUUCAGAAAUAAUCGGUAAGCAGUAAUUUCCAAUUAUGACAUAAUCGGUCAAUCACUACCAGCAAUCCAAGCCUUGUUCAAUGAUGGUGGGGAGAUGCAGCUUAGAAAGGAUCCAAGAAUACAUGAUCACAAAAUAACUACAGGGUGAGAAGAACUCACUUGAGUUCCCUUCAAUAUUAGUUUGCAAAGGGUAGGGGUAGGAUGUUGGGAUAUCAUGCAACAAGUCCUGAAUGAAAACUAGUUAUAAAAGAUGAGGUCAAGUCUGUUCUGUGCAUGUAUUAAAACAAUACCCAAAUUUUGCAUUGUUUCGACAUCUUCUAUAAAAUGAUACUCUUUUAAAUCUACAGUCAGUAUCAUAUAUGGCUCUUAAAGACCCUGAAUAUAUUACAAUCAGCAGUAAUGUUUCUACCUCCCAUUGCUUUUCUGAGACAUGACAAUUAAUAUCAUUUUGGAUAUUUUGAGAUUCACAUAGACAAUUGUUCAAAAGCCUCCUAUCGCUAUUUUUAAAUUCAUGAUGUAACAGUCCAACACCAAGUAGUACAGAUCCACCACCAAGGAAUGUGGUCCACAAUCGACUCACUCUGCUUGCCAUUGAUAGAUUUUGCAGAAUUUCCCAAACUCAGAAUGAGUGUGUAUAUUGUAUAAACGGUUAUAUUGUUAUUAAUUGGAAUGGAAUGAUAUUAAAAUAAAUAAGCUUUUCCCGGAGGGGGGGAUUAUGUUUCAACGGAACAAUAUAAAGCAAUCAAUUCAUAAUAACAAUUAUAUACUUUACUAAAUAAUUUCAUAUUUUUCAAACUAAAAAUGAAUGCUUAAUGUAUCUAUUAGUCUACUUGCAGAUGCAAAAGCUUUUUGGUAUAAAAAAUAUAGCUAUAUUAAAAUUAUUCACAAAUAGUUCGCGAUGGAUUUGUUUGAAGUCCUCCCCCGGGAAAUUUCAUUUCAAUUUCCAAGAUGGCCGACGCAGACGAAAGAGAGGAAAACGUGGAUUCGAUGGAAACAGGUUUGUUGAGUCAUUUUCUGUUGUCCAACGUGUUCGUAGAGAGUAGUUUAGUAAAUUAUAUGUUUUAAGAGAUUGGGAAAUCCGUUCUGGUAAGUAUCAAUACACUACACUUGGAUAUUAAACUUUGUAAAAUUGAAUGUACAUGUAAUAUUAAUAUAUAUAGUAGAAACUUGCCUACUUACUUAUGUAUUUAAUAAAAAAGUAUACCCUAAUCUCUUUAGUCUGUGCUGGUUUUAGCCUUACUUUAGAGUGUUUUUAUGAUUAAUUAAAAAAUGAACAUUUUUAAUCUUCUGGCAGAAGAUUAAAACUCCUUCAAGGGCAUUUUAUUAAAUUAAGUGAAAACCCAUGCAAGGAGAGGGCGAGAAGCCAGAGUGAUAUAAAGGUUUUAAUAUUCCUGGUAUUGAUAUAGAUAUGGAUAUGGCUUGUAAGGUGCACAAGAACUUGGUUCUAGAGAGCCUAAUUUUGUAGGGUUCAUGUGCUGACAUCAGACAGAUUAAUAGAUCGAUGACACGCACAUCAAAGACGACGUCAAAAUGGCGUGGCAUAUCCAUACGUCGGCACAACACACCAUUUUCAUGUUGUCUUUAACGUCUGCAUCCUCAAUCUAAAUCUGUCUGUUGAAUGGACAACUGAUCACAAUACUGACAUCAUUUUGUCCAUAGACAUACUAGCAUAGACGUCUCAUCCAACUUUUUAAGGCUUGCCCUUCACAAUUUGAAGUGUAUGUCUGUCUGACAUCACAUAAGUAAGAUUAACCCACUGAGUUGCAUUGUGCCCUACUUUAUUAUUUUACUCUGUCUAACACCAGAUAAUUUUACUCAUCAAGAGGAGAGCGCUGGCACUUAAUGGGUUAAUAUGCAUAAAUAGUUAACUUAUUGGUGAUGGCUGGAAAGUGGAAAACACAUACAGUACAACUGUGUCAGUGUACACUAUUUCAUUAAUUUGAAUGAGACUGUCAAUGAUUGAUGCUUGUGAUGUUACUCUGAGUGUAUAUCCACACCGGGCAAGCUUGAAAAAUAUGCCUGACCACAGUGGGAGUCGAACCUACUACCUUUGGAAUACUAGCACAAUGCUCUGCCAACUGAGCUAUGCAGUCAGAUCAGUUCGAGUAUGUGAUAAUUCAGAACAGAAUCUAGUUCCUUCGAUAUCAAUGUAAUCUAAUAAUCAGUAAUGAUUUUUCUGUGUUGGUGUAAUGUACUCAGGUAAAUAUGAUGCUUGUGAUGUUACUCAUCUUCCUGAAGGAAGGCAGUCACUCCAAAUAUUGAGGUUGUUCUAAUAUCUCAGGUUCACAGGUUAAAUAUUGCAGAUUAACAUAUACUCUGGAGAUGGAUAGUGCUUUUCGUGAAACUUGAUUGGUUGCUCAGCUCCCGAUAUCCUCGCACAAUUCAUAUUGUUAACUAUCACCUAUAGGCCUAGUUCAAAUGUCACUCUUAACAUGUGACAAACCUAGUAUGCAUUAAGUUCAACAAAUUUUGCCACAAAUCGAAGGCUGAUUCAAAUCUUAAUUAAGUUGAACUUACUGUGAGAUGCAUGGAAUAUAAUGGGUUCAGGACAAUGGCAGUGCAAUAUUCUAUAAUUCAGGGUGCAAAUUAAGAACUUUUUCUAUCCUAUAGUUAUUUUUCAAAAAUUAUAGGCCUUGCUAGAUUUGACCUACAAAUUUCAAUUUUGACCUACAAAUUUCUUGAAUGUUCCUUUGUAUAAUGUUUUGUGAUUGAUGAUAGAUAUUCUUUUGCUGUCAAAUUUGUUUCUGACCAGCUAUUCAACAAGGGAUUCCCAGUGUUUAAAAUUGAUUGAAAAGUUAGCUUAUAGAUUUUUCUGUGAAGUGAUAUAGAUUUUUCUGAUCUUUCAAUUUGUCCUACAAAACUCCUUUUUGGCAUGACGAUUUGUCAAUUGAGUUUAUUUUUGUGCUACUAUUCCUUUAGUCUCUGUAUCGUGUAAUACGGAUUUCUCCUCAGACAUCUGCCAUUCAGAAGACUCCAUUUAAUGUAUGUCAUAGACCUGGAGUUACUGGUACGCACUUGAAUAAAAUAAUGAAAAACGUUUAAUUCCGGUUCGCAAUCCCAGGUCUGUAACGAAAAUGGAGCUUUCUGAUUGGCUGAUGAAAGGUCCGUAUCACGUCAUGAUACACAUCUCUUGUAUUUAGCACAAUUUUCAAACUCAAAAAUCUACCCAAAAAGUUGACUCACCCUAACAAUACAACGAUAAACUAAAUUAAUUAACCUUAAUGGUGUUUUUGUCAAACCCGAAAUGCACUUCACUCUGACCAAAAUGCGAAAAAACAAAUAUUUAUUUGACAUGUAUCGUACAUAAAAAAAGCUUUGUUACAUGUUUUGUUUCAGCACAUAUUUAGAAAAAUGCACCUUCAAAUAUAAUAGAUAUUAGAACAUAGUUCUAACAAAACAAUAGUUAUUAUACCUUUAAACAUGUUUUCUGGACUCAAGUCGUUCAAAUAUUUUUUCAAAAUGUUAAAUGUGCUGCAUGUUAAAAGAACAUUUUUCAAAGAAGUUAUUAUUGUAAAAGGAACAGGAAAAUAAAUUAUUUUAUCUGUUUACCUUCUUUACUGGCUUAUUCAGCAGAAAAGUUGCACAAUUUUAAAAAAUUAAUAAAUUUAUUUUAAUCCAACCAUUGGUAUUAAUUCAUUCUGUUGGAUGAUGACUUUGAAAUGAAGUUAAAAAAGUUACGUCUUUAAAUCAUGUGUCUUAAUUCAUUGUCAGUGGCGUAACUUUAUAGUGCUCUGACAGGCAAAUCCUCCCCCCCCCCCCCAUCCUUUGUCCGAUAGGGACCUUGAGAAGAUCUGACCUGAGGUUUUACCCGACUAUCGCGAGCCUAAAGCUGUUGUAACACUUUGUGUUUGUGUAUAUCAAUCUUUAGCUUACAGUACUGUAUCUUUUUUGAAUUAUUGUACAUCAAUCUUUAGCUAUCUUUUUUGAGUCCCCACUUGAUUUGUUUAUAGACUUUAUAUUAGCCUACGCGACAUUUUAUGCAUAUUAAAAAUUGAAGGAAAACAGUUUUUAUUGUGCCAGAUGUUCCAAAUUGUACACUGAAGCCAUAUUUUGUCGUAUUUUUAGAUUCAGCAAGUGAAGGCAAAGCUGAAACCCCGCCAAAAAGGCCCGAUAACUUAUGUUGUUACUCACAGAAAGAAUGUGAUUUGGAAAAACUGAAAGGAUUUGACUUUUGUCACAAACAUAUUUUAGAAGACAAUGCCAGUCCAUUUAAACCAUGCGAUUUUGUUUCCAAGACAAACGGAGAGAAGUGCACCCAACCAGCACCUAAACGUCCUGAUGGCCAAAAGACGUGAGUGUAUUUCUUUUAAAAAGACAUUCAGUAGCAGCAGCUAUAGCAAAAUACAUUGCUGGGUCUGCAUGGUUUAAUUUAUACAUACCUUUUACAAAUUUAUCACAGAAGAAAUGCGUCCUUUUAGACAAGGGUUUUCAAGGGUGAAACGAUUUUGGCAUUGAAUGAGUUGGGCGUGAAUCGACGUAUUAAUAUAUAGUUGAAGAAUAACGACCGUAUACCUAAAGCCCUAAACUAGGUUGUUUAAAGAGUAUAAUUUUGUCAACAAGUACAAGUACAACCUCAAAUGCUAGAUGCGCGUCGCGCGACCAGGAUUCAUAAUAAAGUUUCUGAAACGUUCUCUGAUCGUAAAAUUUAUUUAAACACGAGCUUUCGACUGCCAGUCUGCAGUCUUAGACAGGUAAAGUGAUACUAAAUAUAAAACUAUUCUACGGAUAUACAGUAGCUACUAGGUCAGUGGUUUACAAUUACAAUUACAAUUACAAUUAUACGUAGGCGGAACUACUCAAUACAUUGUUAUUACAUGUCAUUGUAAUUGUAAUUGUAAAUCGCUGUCCUGGUAGCUACAGUAUAUCCGUAGAAUAGUUUUAUAUUUAGUAUCACUUUACCUGUCGAAGACUGCAGUCGAAAGCUGCAGUCGAAAGCUUGUGUUCAAAUAAAUUUUAUAAGAGAACGUUUCGGAAAUUUUAAGUACAAUCGUACUACUGGACCAGGAACUGGCCGAGUUGGUACAGUAUGUCGUGCAAGUUAUCACUUCGUUGAUCACCACGUUGAUCGAUCGUUUUAGAACUCAAACUUUUGCAUUGUUUCAAAGCCUUGACUUAAUUUUGGUUCGGCGAGGCAUUUAAAUAUGUUAAAAUGAUCUAAAUGAUCGAAUGAAACACUAGUCAAUUAAAUGGUUCUCAGCGUUCGCGUAAGUGUUUUGCUUUAUACUAGGCCGUGGGCCGUUGUGCGAAAAAGUGCCUAGAAACGCAAUUUCGUGGCACCCCCCUGGGUUGAAUGGCUCUGUGGUUGAAUGGAUAGUACAAUAGAUGCUCAAUUACCAAAAAAGAUUCCCAAGCAAAAAACAUGCCCAAUACCGAGAAAAUGGGUGGUCAGUGAUUAUCCUCUAUUAAAUUGUAUUACAGCAAGAAAAUGUGAAAUUUGGUAUUCAAUUACAACAAAAAUGACUUGCAUCAUCAGAUAGCAUUUAAACAGGUUUUUUUUAUCUCAAAUUGUUUUCGAGUUAUACGCUGUCCAUUCUCGUCCCCAGAGCCAUUUUCACUCGGUCACUCGUUGAAAAUUAGGAUCUGGGUUAGACGACUAAAGGGAGAGAUCUGAUUGGCUUCUCAGAGAACUGCUAUUUCCUAGAGGUUGAGCAGUUUUCGCUAGGCAGAAUUAUUCUAUCAAAAUAUGUCAACACAAUACUUCGUUUCUUCGUAAUACUUCUCUAAGAAAAUUGUUACGGGUGCUAAAGCGUCCCAAUUCAAGAGUAUUCGCUUUAGAAACUACUGCAAGUUUUCUUGCACUUCCGGUUCCGUGUGUACCAGGGCCUAUUAAGGUCGCGCGCGGCCAAGAGACCCUAGGAACGAAGAUGUACGCUGUCAAAAACGCGUUUUUGACCUAGUACCCAGUCCUUAUUGCGACAUUUUGGUACAAUUUUUAUGUUUGAAACAGCAAUAACUCAACGGCUAUUUGAAAAAUAAAAAAAAACUGUUUAAAAGUCUUAUAUGCAGUUUUUGUACGCUUUCCGUUGAUGCAAGUCAUUUUUAUUGCAAUUGAACACAAAAUUUCCCAUUUUUUUGCUGUAAUACAACUUAAUAGAGGAUAAUCACCCAUUUUUUUGGUAUUGGGCAAGUUUUUUGCUUGGGAACGUUUUUGGUAGUAAUGUACCUAUAUGCCUUUGAAAUAAACCACAAACUAAGUACUUCCCACAUGGAUGCUACGAAGAGAAAUAAUUGUGACCAACGGCCCACGGCCUAUACUGUACAUUCAAAUUACGUGUACUUUGAUGUAAUUAGUGUAUCUUUCCGCGUAGUAUUAUGGCCAAACAAUUAAAUGCUUUUAAAUAUUUGUUCAGUGAAGUUGCUUAAUUGAAGAAUUCAUUCUUGGUGGGCAAUUCCUGGUGUCAGAGUAAUUCCAUGCCAUUUCAACACAGGCAUGACACCCACCCUCUCCAAAUUUCUUUAUAUUUCGCAGGCAGUUAACAUUGUGUGGGAAUAGUUUAAGUUCAAAAUUUGAGCAUCGUAGCUGCAAUAGUUUUUGAGAUAUCGCAAUUCAAAAUAUGGCCCGAAAAGCAGAAAAGUGGGCGUGGCCAGUGCUAAAUUCACCAUUACCCUAUUUUACAUUUUGACCUGUAACUUCAUAGAGAAACUAUCUAAGACUAGUUAAUCGUGUAACAACGAGCCAAACUGUUCGACCAAUUGCACGUGUUGACAUUACUAAGUCUCUCCAAGAUGCAAAUAGCGAAGGUCAAGGGAAUUCAUUUAUAGAUCAACCUGGCACUGGUGAUGACAGCAUACAUCCUUGUGACCCUACCCAUGACCAUAACCAACAUUAUCCCAUCAACAAACCGGUGGAGAAGAAAGUCUAGCAAAUCCUUAAAAAGCAAACAGGCUAACAGAGGAACAAGCAAAUGGGCUAACAGAGACAAGUUUUUUCGAUCGCGUCCCACGUAUCACCAAACCGAUUGGCUGAAAGACAAACACGAGCGGAAGAACUGGUACAGCUAUUACUACUAGAAGAAUAUGCACCACUGAGUAACGCACGUAAAUCCAAUUGAAUUAAUAUUCCUUUGGAAAAGAACAACGAUAAAUCAAAAAAUGGGAAACUUCUCCCAAAUGUAAUGCUUUUAAAUGCAAGAUCACUUAUUAAUAAAACAGAUGAAUUGGAAUUAUUGGUUAUUACUAAUGAUAUAGACAUAGCUUGCAUCACUGAGACUUGGUUAAAGGAAAUUGUUCCCGAUAAAGCUGUGGCUGUUUCUGGAAUGACAUUGGUUAGAAAUGAUAGAACGUAUGACGGUAUGGUACAGGAGGGGGUGUUGCUUUAUAUGUGAAUAACAAAAUACCAUUUAAAAUUCGCAAGGACUUGAAUGACCCCUCGUUUGAGUGUCAAUGGGUUACAUUACGUCCAAAAUGGUUACCAAGAGCAAUAUCUAAAAUUGCGGUGUGCUGCGUAUACCUACCACCGAGUCAUAGCGAGAUAGACAGUUUUUAUGAUUACUUUUAUAAUUGUUAUGACAAACUCUGUACUGAAAGUCCUGACUCAGCUUUCAUUGUUUCGGGCGAUUUUAACCCAACAAGUAACGGCUUUCAACAGAGUCGAUUAAAUAGACACUGUAGUCUUAAACAAGUUGUCAAGGUUCCGACACGGAAUAACAAUAUACUUGAUUUGAUUUUUACAAAUAUCGCGGAUUUCUAUAUAAAUCCUGAGGUCUUAGCACCUCUAUCAACAUCAGAUCAUAACAUUGUAUUGUGGAAAGCGAGAACUGAUGCCUCUGUAGUAAAGGCUGGAAACAUAGUAAAGGUAAAAGUGAGAGAUCUCAACCAUACAAGUACGGAACAGUUUGGGGGGUUUCUAGAGAACUAUGACUGGAGUGAACUUUUCUCUAACAAAGGGCUCGAUGAGAAAGUUGAUGCUUUUCUUCAUUUUACUAAAGUGAUUAUCAACGAGUUUUUUCCCGAAAGAAUAAUAAAAAAGCAUACCAACGAUAAACCCUUUAUGACGCAAAAAAUUAAAUCUCUGAUGGAUAAAAGAAAUAAAGCUUUUAAAAACAAUAAAACCGAGCUCUUCAAAUCUUUACGUAGACAAGUUUCAGCUGAGAUAAAGAAAGCCAAGCUACAGUUUUAUGAUAAAAAGGUACGAACAAACCAUAGAUCAUGCCCAAAAGCAUGGUGGAAGCAAGUUAAAAGAUUAAUUGGAUCAAGGAAAAACGCUGUGACUUUAGUAGACUCCGAGACAAAUCUCCAAAUGAACGAUAAACAAUCGGCAGAUUCAAUUAAUAACUUCUUUGCUAAUUUAACGACAAAUUAUCCACAUAUAUCAAACGAGUGGCUAGAAAUGCAAUGCGCGGAUGAUCUACCGUUAAUCAGUGUUGAAGAAGUUGCUAGAGAAUUGAGUGCACCUGGGCCAAAUGAUCCACCUUUGAAGAUUCUGAAAAUGUUUUCGAAAUUGUUUGCCGUUCCCCUUGCUGAAAUUUUUAAUGAGUCAUUUCAGACAAAGAAAUUUCCUGAAACUUGGAAAAAAUACCGGGUGGCCCAAAAAAAAGUACUCCUGUUUGAUUCGUAAUAACUUCUAAACAAGUAAAGUUUUUAAAGAGAAAUAACUUGCAUUAAAUAGAGGAAGUACUAACUUAGAUUUUGAUAUAUUACAGUUGUAUUUAACUUAAAAAUUCACGGAGAUAUUAAUGUUAAAAAUGGGGAGCAUAUUUUGGAAUGUGUCUAAAAUUAGCGAAAAUCGGCAUAUCAAAUAUUAACUCCAGCGUUUGUUUGCUUAAUGACAUAUUAGGCUAACUUGUAUUUCAGCGAAUUAUCGUUAAGGUUUGUAAGGGAUAUGGCGUAGAUUUAGACAUCUUACAUGUAAGUCUUAGCUCAUUGUUUCCUGAAAUAUGAACGUUCGAAAUUAUGCAAGUAUUUAAUAUUAGGUCUUUGCAAACUUAAAUGUACAUGAAAGACUGACCAUGGAAGGCAGGCGCUUAAAUUUUUCGUAUUCUUAAAUAGCCUAAUUUUUUUAUGUUUUUAAUGGGUUCAAACAGACUGAGUAGAUUAUUUCUCGGUUAGAGCAGGAUGAAUAUUCUUUAUUGAAGGAAAUAAUAUUGCUUUUUGCAAAUACACAUCACCGUAUCAACGCUACUAUUUUGUUACGUUUUGUUCCAAAAAUGUUGCAUGUCUCUGGGGAGUUGCUUAAUUGUUAUGUCUUAUGGAGUUGUAUGGUUUGAUUGUGUUUCAUAUAAUUCUCAGUUUACUCCAUGAACUUGCCAAGAUUAAGAAACGGCAAAAGAGUUUGGGUGUUCUUAACAAGAUUUCAGAACGUUGCAGAAGUUAGAAGAGCUUCACAAUUCCGUUGUGACAGCAUGCCCUAAUAGCCGGUUCCCCUUAUUCGCGAAAGGCCGCAAAGGAUUGUGGUAAAUGUAUUCAGCAAGCUCCAAUAUGGCGUCCAAUUUUAUUGACGAGGACCCAUCUACUUCUAGCGUUAUUUCUCUGUUAUCUCAGCCAAACUCUAGUUCUUUUCAGAACUCUUGCACGAGUUUGGUUUCUGAGAUACCAUUGGGAAGUAUUUCAGAUUGUUUAUUGCCGUCAUUGGAGGAAAAAUCAACUCCCAAAUCGACGUAUCACAGUGGUGGUGGCAUUACAUGCUGUGUUCCAAACUGUUUCAACAAUUCUAUCAGGAAUAAAGAAUUCUCCUUUUACGUUAUUCCCAAGGAUUCAAACCUAAGGAAGAAGUGGCUCCACAUGCUUAAAAGAAAAAAUUUUGUCCCUUCGUCUUCUCAUCGAGUUUGUUCAGCCCAUUUUGUUGGAGGUACAAAAACAUACAUGAACAAUAUUCCAACCAUAAAUGUGCCAAUACUAAAGUCGACAACACCAACGACAGCCAAGCCACGUACGACAAGAAAUAGUUCAGAAGGAAGAAUGCGUUCAGCUCUACUACCAAAGAAACUACGUUUUGAGCAGGAUGUCGAAAACAAGGAGCCGGAGGAAGCUAUGAAUGAAUUGAAAAGACUACGAAAGGAAAACCAAACACUAAAAGAGAAAAUAGAACAGCUUACGAAAGAGCACAGUAAAAAGGUAGAGGAUUUAACAAACACUAUUACUGUACUUAAGCAAGAGCAUAAUAAAAAGGUUGAGGAAUUGACCAACACUAUUACCGAACUUAAACUAAAACAGAAUGAAUUCUCUCUAGAAACAUUUAAAGACAAUCCAAAGCUUUUUAUGUUUUAUACUGGGUUUCAAAGUUAUGAUUUGUUUAAGAUAUUUUUUGAAUUCUUGGGACCAGCAGUUAAUAAAAUAAACUACUGGGGAUCAAAUACCAGAAAUGAUGACUCAGUCACUCCAGAGUACUCAAAACGUGGUCCAAAGAGACAAAUGAAUCCUGAACAAGAGUUGUUCAUUGUCUUAGCAAGGUUGAGAUGUGGUCUUCUUGAACAAGACCUUGCUGUAAGAUGCAAACUGUCCACUAGCCACCUCAGCCGGAUAUGCAUUACAUGGAUAGAUAUACUACAUUCGCAUUUGAGAGCAAUACCGAUCUGGGCAUCCAAGGCAUCCAUCCAGAAAACCAUGCCAAGUUGUUUUAGAAUCUCAUACCCAACAACUAGGGUCAUCUUAGACUGCACAGAAUUAUUUAUUGAAAUGGCAUCUUCAUAUCGAACACAGAGUGCAACGUUCUCAAGUUACAAGCACCAGAACACAGCUAAAGGUCUUAUUGGAAUAGCACGUAAUGGAGCAGUUACCUUUGUUUCAGAGUUGUAUCCUGGUAGAACAAGUGACCAAUGUAUUACCAAACACAGUGGCAUUUUACAAUUAUUGGAAGAAGGUGAUUCAGUUAUGGCUGAUCGAGGGUUUGACAUUUUGGAGGACUUACCGGAUGGUGUCACACUAAACAUUCCAGCCUUCAUGAGGGGUAAAGACCAGUUAACUGUGGAAGAGGAGACAGAAACAAGGAGAAUUGCCUCUGUACGCAUACAUGUUGAGCGGGCAAUUGAACGAAUUAAAAACUAUAGGAUACUGCAAGGAAAGUAUCCAACAAGCAUGAUUGCAGAACUAAAUAAAAUUUGGGUGAUUUGUUGUUACCUUGUUAAUUUUUUACCUCCUUUAGUCAGUGAUGGUAAUACAUAAUAGAUGAAAACUGUUAUGGUAAGUUACCAAAAAACCAGUAGGUACAGUAUAUAAAAUAAAACAAGAUGCUCUUAGUCUAUUGAGCAUCUUGUACCUAGGGCAGGGUUCAAAUCAGUUGAGAAAAAAUGAUGUGUAACUUUUCUUUAUAUGUAGAAUGUGGCUCUAAAUUUUUAUAAAAUAUUUUCAUAAUUGUCUUAGCUAAUCAGUCAAACAUCUACUCAAUCAAACUGCAAUAAUUUAAUUAUUUGAAUACUUUUUAAAUAUUGUUUGCAAUGCAUGGUGGAUAGAAUUUGACACCUUCCAGUCGGCAAACAUGCUGCUAGUGUGCGUGCAAAAGUGCUUGUUUAUAAAUUAUAUAAAGACAGCAGAUUGAUACGUGCAGUAUGGAUGCAUGUUCAUUAAUAGUCACAAGUCUGAUGUUUUUUGCACAUCGUUUGGGCUGUACACAGGCUAUUGGAGAACUGAUGUGCAAUUUUCACUAUUUGGUCCAGAAUGAUGUGCAAAUUGCACAUUACUAAUUUGAACGUUGACCUAGGAAUAGAGAUAUAUUCUUCUGUUAUAUAGCCCUGCAUAGUGCAUUCAUUAGUUGACUUAAGUGAGUAUUAUAGUCUAAAGCCCUGGGCAAACAAGGAAACGUUGUUGUAGAAACAUUGUUUCCUGCCAAUGUUUCCCAGAGUGGGCAAACACUAGAAACAUUAGUGAGAAACAUAGGGAAACAUCAAAUGUUUCUGAAUUCGCUACGACACAGCUUUGCUUCUCGGGAAGCAAAUUUUGUUUCCUCAAAAAUGUUUCCACAGGUGGGCAAACAGGGAAACAUUCAAGGAAACAUUGAGAAUCACAAAUGUUUUCACAACGUCUCAUAGUUUGCAUGCCCAGGGCUCAAGAGUACUAGUGAGUUAGUUGCACAAACAUCACAUUUUGCUGCUGUGACCUGUUGUGACAUUGGAAAGACUUGCCAUAUAAACAUGAUAUUUCUGAGUUUAUAAUAUUUGGUUCACUUUAUGUAGUGAUUUAUUAUAUAUACCCCUUG